UCUUUGAUUUUUGGGGAAAGCAUGGCGAGUGCAAAGACCAUGCCACUCUCUCUAAACCCCCAAUCCACCUUCAUCCUCGCCAAACCCCUCUUUCUCCCCACCACACCCCGCAAGCUAUCGGCGCCUGCUACCCUAAAGUUCCCGCGAAAGCUCCAUGGCCUCUUUCCCUCUUUCACCUCCUCCUACUCCGCCCAAACCGACCAUUUUGACGAGGACCAUGUAAUAGGCGACUGCGUCGUGUUCGAAGAAGGCGUGUUCGACGACCCCUACCUCCAAAACGACACCAAAACCGACCGUAUCAGACCCGAGAAAGCGAAACCCAGAAGAGAUGGUUCCGAAAUCGGGUCGGAGAAUUUGGUACCGGACCAGUGGCGGGAGGUGCAGGCGGAGAUUAACAUAACGAAGAAAGAGCGGCGGAAGAUUGCGCAGGAGUUGCAGUUCGGGACGAGGGUGGAGAAGCAGAAGAAGGGGCUGGAGCCGAUUAGGGAUUUGAAUUUGGAGGAGUACUUGGCGUAUAGGGAGGCGAAAUUAAACCAAUUGAAGCCACUUGUUUUGGAUGAUGCUUCUGGUUUAGCUCCGACGGAGGAGUUGAAGGAGAAUGAAGGGGAUGCUAGCAAAUUGAGUGAGAGAGUGGCGCCGAAGAAUCCGAGGUGGGCGGUUUAUGGGAAGGGAUUGGAGGAUGUUGCAGAUUACUUUAACAGUGGGAAUUAUGAGCCUGGUGCUAAGAAAUCUGAAGGACCCCGAAAGUUAUUUUCGAAAGAGGAAAAAGCUCUCCUUAAUAAGCGAAAACCUGAUAUAGCUGCUGCUACCUCUAGCAAAUGGCUACCCCUGCACACUCUUGCUGCAUCUGGAGAAUUUUACCUUAUGGAUGCUUUAUUGAAACAUAAUGCUGAUAUCAAUGUCGUGGAUAAGCACGGUUGGAGUGCUCUUCACAAAGCAAUUCUUGGUAAAAACCAGGCCAUCACGAACUAUCUUUUGAGAGAAUCAGCUAAUCCAUUUGUUCGUGAUAAAGAUGGCGGCACAUUGAUGCAUUAUGCUGUUCGAACAGCUUCCAGUCAAGCAAUCAAAAUUCUUCUUUUAUAUAAUGUUGAUAUAAACCUUCAGGACAACGAUGGUUGGACGCCGUUACACCUAGCUGUUCAAGGCAGAAGAACAGAUGUUGUGAGGCUUCUGCUGAUUAAGGGAGCGAAUAAGACAUUGAAGAACAAGGAUGGUUUAUCCCCUCUUGAUCUUUGCCUUUACUCUGGUCAAGACAUGAGGACUUACGAGCUAAUUAAGUUGUUGAAGCUUCUUCCAAAGUCGCGUUAAUGGUUGGAUAUUCUAAUCGCAUAUCCGCCUCAUCAGUGUGUCAGCUGGCCAAAUGAUCUGAAGGCAAACCAGGGUUUGAUCUGCCAUAACUUUACAUCAAAGAUUCAGCAUGUCCUGCUAUCAUCCGACGAUCCAUCUUUCCAACUCACGAGCCGAUGCUGUUACAACUGCGAAAACGCCAACUGGACUAUCGAAAGGAGAACAUUUGAAGCUCAAAAUCAUUAGCUAUGCACCAACUUUGUAAUGUUUUGUACUUGUGAAGUCACUGAAAUUGAAUUGCAGAAUAUCUCGUUACAUAUU